AUGGAACUACUUUCUGAACGAGAAAUAAUUAUAGCUAUUCUUUCAACUGGUCCCGUUGGUCUAGGUGAUGUGAUUAAUUAUACUGAUAGUACACCUAAUAAACAUAAUAGUUCAUCAUUUUGUCUUUGGUAUGUAUCACCUCUAUGGCAAUCUAAUGAUGUAAAUAAUACAAAAUAUACUCUCUUGGAUGAAUCAAAUAAAUGGACCGUUGUUAGUCGACAACGUUUCACUUCGAUAAAUAUUAAUGUAGAAAAAAUUCAAACAACUAUUAUUUUAGAAAGUUCAGCGACUGAGACUGUCGAAUUAUUAGUCUAUCAUUCAGCAAUUAAUGUUCUCAGUCUAAUAUGUUUUUUUUUCUCAUCUGUUACUCAUCAAGCACAAAUGAUUUUUACACCAUCAAGAGUUACUUGUUCUAUGGCAAAUGAAAAUGAUUAA